CUUCUACUCAUUACCUGAGAAAAUCAUGCAAUUCGGAUCUUCCAAAUCACUCUUCUUCCGCCUCGCCGGUUUCUCUUCCAUUUCCGUUUUCAAGCCCCGUAGCGUGAUCUCUGUUCUGGUAACGAAUUUCUCUUCUUCUAGCUCGAUCUCCGGUCACUUCACUUCUCUGAGGCGUCAUCAAUACGAAGAGGAGUCACGGAGUGUUAGGGUUCAUGUAUGGUGGGAUUUCGAGAACUGUCAUUUGCCGUCGGGUGCGAAUGUCUUCAAAUUGGCUCAAACCAUCACAUCCGCCGUUAGAAUCAACGGAAUGAAAGGACCCAUCACCAUCACAGCCUUCGGAGAUUUAAUCCAGCUCUCCAGAACUAACCAAGAAGCUCUCUUUGCAACUGGAAUCAAUCUCACUCAUGUCCCUCAAGGUGGGAAGAACAGUACGGAUAGAUCUCUGAUUACAGAUCUAAUGUGGUGGGUUUUACAGAAUCCACCUCCUGCUCAUAUCUUCCUUAUCACUAGUGACAGAGAUUUCGCGAAUGUGCUACAUAGAUUGAGGAUGAACAAUUACAACAUUUUGCUCGCGGGGUACGAAGAAGCUACGCAUGGUGUAUUGUGUAGUGCUGCUUCGAUUAUGUGGGAUUGGGAUGCUUUAGUUAGAGGGAAAAAUCCAACUGGUAAAUAUUACAAUCAGCCACCGGAUGGUCCUUAUAAUUCUUGGUAUGGUCACUAUAGAACUCCUCUUCUUGACCCAUUUGCCACAUCUUCCACCACUACCAACAAGCAAAUAUCUUGUACUAGUGUGAAAACCAUAGAGUUGGUUGAAUCGAAUUCAAAUGCGACGAAUUCGGGUUCUUCUAAGGCUUGUCUUCCUGUUCCGAAAGGAGUUGUUAAGCAGAUUGGUUUGAUUUUGAGUUGGUAUCCUAAGGGAGCACCCAUUACAGAACUCCGUGAGCAGCUGAGAAAGAGGAAAGUACACUUAGAUAGAGACUUUUACGGAUAUAAGAGUUUUUCGAGGUUUCUGUUAUCUAUGCCGAAGAUCUUACAGGUUGUUCCAUUGGGAGAUGGUAUGUUUUCUAUUCAUGCUGUUACCCAGGGAAUGAAUAACAAAGCCUCAUCACCGAAUGUAACUAGUGAGAAUCACAAAGUUGUUAGUUUGGACAAGAUGUGUGAGGAUAUGAAACAGAGUGAUAAAAAUGUCAAAGAGGAAUCUCAAUUACAAGAGAAUUCUCAAGAGUCUGUUCAGGUAAUUAAGCAGAUAGAUGUUAAGCCAAAAGAGGAACCAGUUAAAACAACUCAGCUAGCUUUAACUGUUGUGGAUGAUGUUUCUCCUUCCGAGGAAAAAGACGGAUUUCUUAAGAAGCUAAAUAGACUAUGGUUUGGUUCACCUGAAAUAGUGGAAUUAGAGCAUCUCGAAGAAAAGAAACAUAUUUCUGGAAAUGGAGACGAAGGGAAAGGAGUUGUUGGUGAAGAAAAAGUGGUGAAUACGGAUUUAGAAUCUCGAAUUGCAUCUUCUACCUCUAGUGAAUCUGCUGAGGAGGUAAAAGCAGACACUGAAGAUAUUGAAUCUUUCAUUAAUUCUCCAAGAGGCUUCGUCCUUGUUUCUCACUCAAGAUCAAGAGAAGCAAUGGCUAAGAAUCUUAAGGAAGAAGGACCUUCAUCUCUCAAACCGCUCGAUGUAUCAAAAAUGCUUGAUUUAGUAUCGAUGUUAAUAACAGAGAAGAAAUGGAUCCAAGAGAAUCCUGCUGAUGCUCUACCUUUUAGAGUAACUUGGUUCACCGCGAAAAGCUCUUGUCUUAGCAACCCUCCUGCUACGGAGGGAUUGAGAUCGAUAUUUGUGAAUAUGUCAAAAUCAUUGUGUGACAAAGCAAAUGGUGAGAAAAAAAUCAAGGACGUUGGUAUGAGCCAGAAACCUAAAGAAAGAUUGAGAAGCCAGGUAAUUGCGGAUUGUCAUAAGCUGAUAAAGAAGAUAAGAAAGGAAAAUCCUGGAGGUUAUAACAUGAGUAACUUCAAGAAAGACUUUUUGGUCAAAUUUGGAUACCGCUUAGAACAUCAUAACCUCGGUUAUCCGAAACUGCAGUCGUUGAUACAAAUGAUCCCUGAGGCUAGGAUUGAAUCAGGAUACAUUGUUCCUUCGUCAACCCCGGUUCCAUAUGAAUCUGAUUCAUUAUUCGAAGAUCUUGGUCCAGUUUCCAAAAAGAUUCAUGAGAAUGAGUCAUCUGUUUCAGAGGAAGAAGAUUAUAACUCAGAGACAGACGAAGAAGCUUCAGUAAAACAGAACGACGAGGAAAGGAAGAAGAAGAAAGAAGAUGAAACAGAGUGCGAUUUACUACAAAUUCUGGGUUCCUGGGACACUGAUAAGAAGCAAAAGAAGUCUGCAAAAACUUUUGGUGAAGAUAAGCUUGUUGAAGGAAUAUUGUUAAGCUUGAGGAAGAAACCAUCAGGUGACUCUAGGAUUCAAGAUUGAAGAAUGUUUAAUUUAACCGGGAAACAAACAACGGUAGGCUAA